GGUUGGCGUGAUUGACCCGCGGAAAGCGCUCAGACAUGCGGGACGCGGUCCGGGCGCAGGUGGAGCCACAAGUGCGGUCAUUGAUCUCUCCCUGAAUAAGCACUUACUAUUAUGAAGCAUCAUCGAUGGGCCGGCGUAGGAGGUGAGAGGCUGGAAAGAACCACACGGGGCGGGGACAUUGGACAUUGUGUGAACACCAGACAAUUUUUUCUUUUGGCUAUCGCAAUCUUGACGGUUUUCGCCUUCUUCGCCGCACGGCUGACCCAGAGAUUUGUUGGUGACGUGGGGCUUCUUCGCGCUGGACGGCUGCGACAAGCCCACAAGGGCCAUGAAUUCAUCAGAAUGGAGAUGCUUGAAGGACACACCGCGGUGACCCCUGCGGAGGAGUUCGAGAGCGCUUACGUCUCAUUCUAUAGCCGACCAAUCCCGUCUGCCCUUGUCGACAAGUGGCGGCCCUAUGCGGAAGCACAGAAUUGCUCAACAGAGCCAUCGCACUACGCAAAUGCUGAUCACCAGCUUGAGACUUUUCGCAACCUGCAGACAUUCGCUAAGCCCGGCAUCUUCAAAUCAAUGAUCGAAAACGCGGCGAAAGCACCAAGGACUGUCCUCUGGCAGGUACCUCUCCCCUACGGCAUGCGGCUUCAUGCCCCCCAUGCUCCGAAAAAAGACACGGAUGAGUGGCAUUCUGUCUGCUCUGUUCAGGUGAAGGAAGGCAAGUUGGCCCACGUCCGAGGAGACAUCCCUUUCGUAACCGCACCACCACAUAGCACACACAAAGUAUCAGCACGCAUAAACCAUCAUACCUGUUCUUCGUUCCUGUAUCUUGCCAACCCCAGUGGGGAAGUGGUACCUGGAGGAAGGAGUUGCUUGGACCCAUUGCCGAGGUGCUGCCCGACAUGCUCCUGACAACAAAUCUUUUAGACGAACCGCGCGUGCUGCGGCCUGCGAAUGAGAGCAUCGGUCAACCUGACCGAAUGAGAUUCAGGGGCAGGAGCGCCGCUGAAACCAUCAGGCCAUCCUGCCUCAAUCAGACAGCCGCUUAUCAAUCCAUCGUCGGGUUCUUCGUCUCGCCGGUGACAUUUGACGCCCGCCGGGGUUUCCUACCCAUCUUCUCUCGCACUCGCGUGCCGCAUUGCUUUGUCGACAUCGUGUCUGCGUUCUAUCCCAGUGAGUGGACUCCCGGAGACGCCCCGUUGCCCAGAUGGGAGGAUAAGACGGAGAAGCUGGUGUGGCGGGGAUCCAACACGGGAUGCCAGUGGACUAAUGCAGACGAGUUGCUGUGGAAAUGUGAGAGGGGGAGACUUGUGAAGCUGUUCGGGCAGAAUAACAAAGCCGCAACUCUGAAGGAUGUUGGCGACGCGAUGCGGUCGCAUGGUCUCCUGUCGGAUCAGGAUCAGUGGCCGUCGGGCGAGUGGGCAUCAUCGCGUGUGGGAGACAUCUUCGAUGUGGGUAUGACAGGCUACGGGCAGUGCAACACGCCAUCCAUCUGCUCACAGCUGGAAGGAAUUCUCGGGAGAGCCAAGCCGAUACCCUUUAUGCGCCAUUUUGACUACAAAUACGUACUGCACGUCGAUGGUACGCCAUGCAUCUUCCCCCAUCAGCUGCUUACGAUAUGACGAUGAGUACAUCUCCCACAUAGGGAACUCGUACAGCAGGCGACUGGUCGUCUACUUGGGAAACAUAUCAAUGAAACUUACGUUAUAACAAGUCUCCCUAGACCUUUCUGCGUCUUCUUUUUGCAGGUCGGUCUACUCCGGUCCAACUCUCUCGUCUUCCUUUCGGUAUCCUGCACUGGAAACGGACAAAGGAACGCGGUCAACCCUCUUUCAGCUUGCGCUCUCUGUAUCCCUUUAAGACCGCUUUUGAAACAUGGAUGGACGGAUGGCUACAGCCAUGGGUGCACUUCAUUCCCGUGUCUCCUUCCCUCGCUGAUUUGCCUGCUAAGCUGAUCUGGGCACUGGAGCACGACGGGGAUGCGCGACGGAUAGCUGAGAAUGCCCAGAGGUUCGCCCAGAGAUAUUUGCGCCCCGUGGACUUUGGCUGUUAUCUCGCAUGGCUGCUGAUCGAGUAUGAGAGCCUUUUCAGACCCAGGCAGAGACCGGAAUAGUCCUCUUCACUACAGGGGGUAUUAAAGCCGAGGAAACUUGACUUUGUCCAUCCCACCGCAGGCCACAAUACCCACAAGAUCGUGAUGAACAACGACAGCGACCACGAGACGCGCUUGUCGGUGAGGAGCCCCACAGCAGGACUCGAGGUCGCCUUCCACUCUGCUGGAAGGGCAUGAGAGGGGAGGGGUGGGUCGCUGACGGAUAGGUAGAGCUCGGCAGACAGGUCGGGUGGGAUGCCUGCCUUCGUAGAUAGUUUUUGAGCCUUCUCUACUAAUGUGAUUUACGGGCACGAAGUCUCCUGCUAACGAACUACACCGGGAGCCAGCUGCGGCUGGCAACUUCCAGGCAGCACGUCAAUUGCGACAUGGUGCAUCGUGCUUGCCGAAAACAAAUUUGCGACGUGGGUGUCGCUCAACUGUAUG